UUAAGCUGUCGCAGUUUGGCCGUUGAAGUUCGGGACACUGUAUAUGUAAAUUUUAUUACAUUUGUUAAUAUUCAUGAAUAAGUACAAGAAAUAAUAAAUGUAUAAAUAUGUAAUAUUAUUUUCAAAAAUUCACAUAAAAAUAGAAAUUUUUCUAUAUAAAAAUUACGGAUAUCGAAUUUUAUCAUACAAACAUUUUAGGAAAAAUAUGUAAAUUAUGUAUUUAAAAUAAACAAUUUUUUGAAGAUUUAUUCAAUUACUAUCCGUGUACAGUAAGUACUGCUGCAAAAUUAUAUAAAAAUUAGAGAACUGGUCGUUUAUAAUCGGACCAACUGAUUCCAAGUCCAUUUUUGCAUUUUCUAAAAAAUACUCUCUUCUGCUCUCCAUUCAAUCACGCAUAUUUUCCUGAGCAAGGAGGAACAACUCACACAGAGAUGAGUGAGUUCUGUUUAUCGUUUAAACUUUCCCCGAUGAGAUUAAGAAAUGUUAAUAGCUCGUUGAUGUUGUACCAUAUUUAAGAAAUGGUGAAAAUUACGACAGGAUAAUGUUAUCUUAAUAGCGUGGGAAAUAAGCUAAACUUCGGUUAACAAUGUAUCACCUACGUAUGAUACGCAGAUGACCGAUGGACUCAAAAAUAGCUUUCGUAGAUCCCUGUCAUAGAUUUGUCUCUCCGACAACUUGCAUAGAAUGGAAUUAAUCAUCCAACAAUUAUUGAAUGUAAGAUAAAUCAACAGAUUUAUACGAUUCAUAGGUAUCCUGUAUAAUCAUGCACUUAUGUGUAUAUCGAAUUUAAAUCAAUCAAAUAUGUAUGUAUUGAAUUUAAUGUAUUUCAAAAUUUGAACGAUAUAUUAGCUAUGUUAUUUCGAGAUAAUCUGAAUAAACUAAUGAGAUAUUUGAACUAUUUUAUUAUUUAACUGUAUGUAAUAAUAAAUAUUAAUUUAAUUGUAUGUAAUGAUAAACAUUAUGUUUAAUAUAAAAUAUAUAUAGUUUCUAGUUUUUAUAUAAAAACGAUACAUGUACAAUUUUUGCAUCUAAAAUCUAUUUAUUAUGUUUGUUUGUAAAACUAAUAAUUUUGACUUGUAUUUUUUGACUUCAUCAAAGAAUGAAGUUUACGUUUAUUCUUUCUUAAUUUUAAUUUUUGUAAUAUAAUGAAAAUCGUCUUUAAUUUCUUUUAUACGGUUCCCCACGUAUCUUCUAAGCUUUAAAUGUGACAUUAAACACGUAAAUAAAAAAAAAUUAUUGAAUUAACUAAAAAUUUAUUAUUAUUAAACAAAAUAGUUUAAAAUAGUUAUAAUAUUGUAUAUAAUAAUCUAUUGUACUAAUGUAUUAUAAUAUAUAAUACUAUAUAUAAUAAUGUAUAAUGUAAAAUAGUUGCUAUAAUUUGAAAAUUUGAAAACAGGACAAUUGAAUAUUGUUGUUUUGAUGUGUUAUCAGACAAUAGACAUAUACAAUUUGUAAUAUCUGUUGAAUAUUGUAUAUAAGGAUGUAUUAUAACACAGCAAGAUGACCUUAUGUUAUAUAAAUACACGCUAAAGCAGUUGCUAUGAUUUAGAAAUUUUAGAAAUUUUAAACAGAACAAUUAACAUUGUGCUGUCAGGUAUAAAGUUUGUAAUAUUUGUUGAAUAUUGUUAUGAAAAAUAUAAUAUAAUAAAUAAAUACAACUGAAAGCAAAUAUCGAAAUAAGGUAAGAAAUAGCCAAUAGACACAGUUGUUUUUUUUUAUUCAAGUACUUUAUUCAGUAGUUGAUUUGAAUAAACAACACAUUAUUCAAAUACAAUUUGAAACACGAGAUAAAUUAAUAAAGAAAAAUUUUAGAGAUGACUGCGAUGCAAUUUUCGUACGACCCAUAUCUAAUGCCUAUGAAGAUUCUACAACAACAAACAUGGUGUACGUUUUUACAGAUGUGGAAUUUUAUCAAAGACAACGCAUAUUCUAAGUAUGAUGGGAAUUACACAACAGAGCAAAUAAUACAUGAGAUUAGAUUUCUUAAGACAGCAAUACCAUUUUCGAAAACACGUAGAUUUCCUGAUAGUUUGUAUAUUCAUGUAGAUAAUUCCUUAAUCAGAGCUGCUUUGGACAAAAUAGUCUUAAGUAAUGAUCAAGAAUCAUAUACUUCGGCAUUUUCGUUAUUAUCUAAACAUCAAUAGACAUUCAAUAAACCUCUGUUUUGUAAGGAAUCUUUUAAAGUUUGAAACAAUUGCAACUGCUGCUCUGGUUUUAAGCUAUAAACCUGCACAUAAAAUAAUUACAAAUGUAAAUAAUAAAGAUUUAGAACAAGCUAUAUAUUAUAUAUAUUAUAUUAUACUAUACAUAUACAUUGUUAAUAUAAUAAAUAUAUUUUAUAUUAAUUUUUAUUUAUAAAAAUAAUAUACAUUUGUACCAAUGAAAAAUUUUUAUUUUAUAUAUAUUAGUUAUUAUAGUUUUUAAUUUUUAAUUACGCUUAUAUU